GUCUUUCCCUGCCUUAACGAUCCAUCCUAGCUGUUUGCUCACCUUUCCCCGACCCCUUUUCGUCCUGGUCCAUCUCGACUCUUUUUCACCGUCCUCUACAUCUCUAUAGAAUCACCGCUUCGUCCUCCCUCUUAACCUUUCCCCCCCACGUUCUUUUGAAAACACACACUUAACAAAAUGAAGGCUUUGAUUCUCGUCGGUGGAUUCGGUACCCGUCUCAGGCCCUUGACCUUGACCCUCCCCAAGCCUUUGGUCGAGUUCUGCAACAAGGCUAUGAUCUUGCACCAGAUCGACGCCCUUGUCAAGGCUGGUGUCAAGGACAUUGUCCUCGCCGUCAACUACCGACCCGAGGUCAUGGUCGCCAUGCUCAAACAAACCGAGGAAGAGUACGGCAUCACCAUCACCUUCUCCGUCGAGACCGAGCCUCUCGGUACCGCUGGUCCCCUCGCCCUCGCCCGUGAAAUCUUGGGCAAGGACGAUUCCCCCUUCUUUGUCCUCAACUCGGACGUCACCUGUACCUACCCCUUCGAGGCCUUCCGAGACUUCCACGCCAGCCACGGAUGUGAGGGAUCAAUCAUGGUCACCAAGGUCGCCGAGCCUUCGGCUUAUGGUGUCGUCGUCACCAAGCCCGGUUCGACGGUGAUCGACCGAUUCGUCGAGAAGCCCGUCGAAUUCGUCGGAAACAGGAUCAACGCCGGUAUCUACAUCUUCAACCCCAGCGUUUUGGACAGGAUCGAGCUCCGACCGACCUCGAUCGAAAAGGAGAUCUUCCCCGCCGUCGCUGCCGACCACCAGCUCCACUCGUUUGAUCUGCAGGGAUUCUGGAUGGACGUCGGUCAACCCAAGGACUACCUCUCGGGUACCUGUCUCUACCUCUCUCACCUCACCGCUACUCACUCUCCUCUGCUCACCGACCCCAAGCAGAACAAGUGGGUACACGGAGGUAACGUCUUGGCGGACCCCACUGCCGAGAUCGACCCGACCGCGUUGAUCGGACCCAAUGUCGUCAUCGGACCCGGAGCCAAGAUCGGACCUGGUGUCAGGCUUCAGCGAUGCGUCAUCAUGGCCAACGCCACCGUCCGGGAUCACGCCUGGAUCAUGUCCUCUAUUAUCGGGUGGAACUCGACCGUCGGGCGAUGGACCCGGGUGGAGAACAUUACCGUCCUCGGAGACGACGUUUCUAUCAAGGACGAGCUUUACGUAAACGGUGCUUCCGUCUUGCCCCAUAAGAGCAUUUCGAGCAGCAUUACCGAGCCGAGGAUUGUUAUGUGUAAGUGUCCACGCGCACGCCUGCCCAAUUCGGAAGCCCAGAUCACUUACACACGUGAUGUCUUCGCCUUGCAGAACGACGAUUCGAGCUCUUUGUAUACGAUUUCUUGCCCUUUAGAUGGAUUGAUCAUGGAUUGCCUUGCCCCUUUUGUUGUGCAUGACGUUCAGCUCGUCCGUGAUGCAGUGUGAAGUGAGGGACCCUGGGCCAUGCUUUCUCUAUCUCGUAGCCGUGUUCCUCUUUUCGUUUGCUCCGCCUUAUACGGGGCUUUGGAUACCCAAGGACGAUAAGAAAGGGCUUUAAUCGAGUCUCAAAUUCUUGACGUUGGUGACGGCUGAAGAUUGAGCCAUAUGUUACUUGAACAUUUGAGAUCCGUUUCACCGAAUAAUCAAUUGCCUACUCCACACUGCAACCUUUGUAUCAUUAUUUGUCGCAGCAAGAGGUGCUCUUAUCCUGCCGCCAAAUGGG